GCAACCAACCAAAUCUUCAGGCUGGUGGCAUGGCGAGUGACAAGCUAAGCGAGGCGUUCGAAAGAGCCGUCAGGCUGAAUGAAUCCCCGUUAGAGAAGAACGCUCACAAAUUUUGGACACCUCAGCGGAGUAGGGGAGAUCCGUUGCCCGGUCGUCGUUGCUGGUCAUCUGCUCGGCGGCGCCCAUCCUUUCUACAAGACAGCUCGGACAGCGACGAUGAAAUUGAAACGUCGGCGGGACGAAAGCCACCUGCUUCACGGCUUCUCACGCCAUGCGCUGCUGUGAAGACACCAUUUGCCGAGGACAGGGACACCUGGUUCCUUGAGUCGCUGUCUGACAGCACACCUCUGGAGAAAUGCCACCCAGAUACGCUCAAGUUCAAGCAAAGUUUCAACAGUUCCCGGGAGGAUCUUGCCAGUGCUCUCUUUUCAAUUUUCAACAGGGAGGUCUUUGCUCACAAGCUCCCUCCAGGGGAAAUUUCUUGGAAUGGCCGAUUGAUAUCGACAGCAGGCCGGUGUUUCAACUUGCCCAACAACAAGUAUCGUGUGGAGCUCUCGUCGAAAAUUCUCCGCAGUGCCGAACAAACAAGAGACACCCUACUGCACGAGCUGUGUCACGCGGCAGUUUGGUGCCUGCACAACUGCAAGCGAGGCGGCCACGGUGAACUGUGGAAGUUCUGGGUGAAUCGUGCUGCUCGGAGGUUCCCGAAGCUUCCCCCUGCCCAAAGGUGUCACGACUACAAGCAGCCGCGAGAAAGGAAACUUGCCUUCAACUUAUGUCCAUGAUGCCAGUAAUUCUUUAUUUUUUGUCUCGCUAAAGUAUGUAU